AUGAAUCAGGGCAUACAGUUUGACUUCAAGCACACAUACCGAUGGAAAGGACAAACCACAUUCGCGAAAAUAAGUAGAAGUAAUUCAUUCUACUUUGGUUUCGAAGUAAGGCGGUGUAACAUAGUUUUAGCGCUCGAAGCGAAAAAGCUGGGAGUACAAGUGCUGAAAAGGCCAAGUUGGAGGAAGAAGCUAGCAGAUGGAAGCUUUGAAAUCCUCGCAGACGUGCUUGAUGAAUACCGCCGUUACAAUGCAGAACUUAAUGUGCUCGCAUAUUGCUCGCAGUUUAUUCCGUUGGAAGUGACGGAUGCGCCGCGGUACAAAUCGAUCGUCUAUCAUCCGUCGUUGCUACCUGCCCAUCGGUGCCUCCUUAUCUUACUUGUGUUUCUACAUCUACGUUAG